AUGUCAACAAAAACAACUCUAGCUGGAAUGAACAACAAAGAUAAUUUCACAAAUAUCAGGCCAGAACAAGAAUCUCAUGCAGCUAAUUCUGCUAACAAAGAAGAAAACCCAUACUUGCAUGAUGAUAUACCUAUUACUGACAGUGCAGGCUUACAAGAAAAUGAUUUAACACAAGAAGAACAAAAUGGACCUUUUUAUUUUCGAUAG